AUGAAGACACCAAAUAAGGAACGUGACUUGGCCGGGACGGCGGCAUUUGAGGUUGCUCUGCAGCACAUUAUGCUAAGACAGGAUCGCUCUUAUCACUUUGUUCAGCUUUUGAAGGCAGCUUGCUCGUUAGUUUUUCUGCUGGAGGGCUGCUUUGUCUUUCUUUUUACCGUGGUGUUGCCACUCUUGGCAAUUGCACCAGAGGGAUUUCUUGCCCGUCUUCUCGAGUACACAUCUCCUCUUGUUGGGGUUCUAUCGGCGGUGUGUUUAGUACUCUUGCAUGUCUGCAACAGUCGGUACUUAAUUGAGCCUGGUGAGCAACUUAUGCAUCGACUGAAUGACGUCAUAUUGAAGCCUUGCUUAGGCAUGCGUUUUGAUUGCGUGACUGGAAAACUGAUGGGCGAUGAAAUCUGGGCGGUGGAUAUGGAUGCAAUUGCGCAAUCGGACUACAACAGCCAGACUUGA